AUGAGGGCAGCGCUCUGGGCCUUGGGGCUGGGCGCCCUUCUCCUCACCGUCAGGGCCGUCCCCACCGGUGGACCCAGCGGCCUGCGGCUGGCCUACAGGCACAGUCUGUGUGACGGGGUGGUGCUGGUCCGGCACGAAGGAGAGUGGGGACACGUGUGCAACCAGGAGUGGACGCUGAACGAGGCAUCCGUGGUCUGCAGGCAGCUGGGCUGUGGCCGUGCUGUGGGCGCCCCCAAGUACGUCCCGCUGCCCGGAGAGUUGGCACAGCCCUGGCUCCACAACGUGUCCUGCAGGGGUGAUGAGUCCUCCCUCUGGGGGUGCAGCCUGGGGGCGUGGGCACGGAGCCCAUGCCCCUACGAGUGGGUGGUGGUUGCUCUGUGUUCCAACGGCACUUUCCGGGAGGUCCGGCUGGUGAAGGGCCGCAGCCCCUGCGCAGGGCUCCCCGAGAUCAGGAACGUGAACGGCGUGGACCGCCUCUGCGGCCUGCACCAGGAGGAGGCCAUGGUGUUCUGCCGGGAGCUGGGGUGCGGCCCCGCGCUGCAGGCUUCCCGCCAAGAUGCCGGCGUCACCAGGAAGUACAUGACCUGCGGGGGCAGCGAGCCCACCAUCCGGAACUGCAGACUGAACAACAAGUUCCGCAGCGGCUGCGACUUCCAGCACGACGCCCAGGUGGUCUGCGCAGGGCACACAGAGGCCCGGCUGGUGGGCGGCGAGCACCCCUGUGCCGGGCGCCUGGAGGUGAGGCGAGGCCUGACCUGGGGCACCGUCUGCGACACCGACCUGGACCUGGCCACGGCCCACGUGGUGUGCCGGGAGCUGCAGUGCGGUGUGGCCGUGUCCACACCCGGGCGCGCCCACUUUGGCCGGGGCUCGGGCCCCGUGUGGACGGAGGCCUUCCGCUGUGUGGGGAACGAGUCCCUGCUGUUCCACUGCCCUCGGGGGCCCGGGCGCCAGUGCGGGCACGGCCAGGAUGCCGGGCUCCGGUGCUCAGAGUUCCGGCUGGUCAACGGCAGCGGUGCCUGCGAGGGGCGUGUGGAGCUCCAGAUUCAGGGGGCCUGGGCGCCCCUCUGUGCUGCCCACUGGGACUUAGCAGAUGCCACGGUCCUCUGCCACCAGCUCAGCUGUGGCAACGCGGUGGCCACACCCCCGGGAGGCCAUUUUGGGGACGGGGACUCAACCAUCUGGCCCGACGUGUUCCACUGCGUGGGGACAGAGCCCUAUUUGUGGAACUGCCCCCAGCGCACCCUGGGGGCCCCAGCCUGUGCCCCCGGCGACGCCGCCACUGCCGUCUGCUCAGGUCUCCCCAACGCCCUGCGGCUGAGGGAGGGACAGAGCCGCUGCGACGGCCGCGUGGAGGUAUCCCUGGACGGGGUGUGGGGCCGCGUCCUGGACGACGCGUGGGACCUGCGCGCCGCGGCCGUCGUAUGCCGGCAGCUGGGCUGCGGAGAGCCGGAGGGCGCCUACGAGGCGGCGGCGCCCGCGCGCGGGGCCGUCCCGCUGGGGCUGAGCCGCGCGCGCUGCCUGGGCCCCGAGACCCGCCUGACGCAGUGCAACGUGUCCGCGUCCCCGCUGGUGCUCGCGGCGGCCUCGCGGGACGCGGGCGUCCUGUGCUCCGGUAGGUGCAGGCCCGGCCCCCCGCCCUCCCCGCGGGGGGGCCUCCGGGUGCGGCUGGCCGCCGGACCCGAUCGCUGCGCGGGGCGCGUGGAGGUGCUCCGGGGGGGCGCGUGGGGCACCGUGUGUGACGACGGCUGGGACCUGCGGGCCGCGCACGUGGUUUGCCGGCAGCUGGGCUGCGGCCAGGCUCUCAGCGCCCCGGGGGCCGCGCACUUCGGGGCUGGGGCCGGGCGCAUCUGGCUGGACGAGCUGGGCUGCGAAGGCCACGAGCCUGCGCUGUGGCGGUGCCGGUCGGGGGGCUGGGGCCGGCAUGACUGCGGGCACAAGGAGGACGCCGGCGUCUACUGCUCAGGAUCUGUGGCCCUGAGGCUUCGAGGUGACGCCGGGCACUGUGUGGGGUGGCUGGACGUGUUCUACAAUGGGACGUGGGGCGCCGUGUGCAGUAACGCGCUGAAGGACACCUCCUUGUCCGUCAUCUGCAAGCAGCUGGUGUGGGGCGCAGGGCUGGGUGCAGAGCAGGCCCGUCCACACUGGCCUGGGCACCUCCUGGGUGGACAACGUCCAGUGCCGCAGGCUGCGAGACUCCACGCUGUGGCAGUGCCCCUCGGCUCCGUGGCACCCGCGCUCCUGCGCCCGCGGGGAGGAGGAUCCUCGGAGCAAACGACACAGGAUUCCGGGGAGGCCCUCCAUUGCUCCUCGACCGGCAGCUGCCCAGAGGAGGGCGCGCUGCGCGUGCGCGGAGGGGAGGCCCGCUGCUCGGGCCGCGUGGAGCUCUGGCACGCCGGCUCCUGGGGCACCGUGUGCGACGACUCCUGGGACCUGGCGGACGCCGAGGUCGCGUGUCGCCAGCUGGGCUGCGGCCGGGCUGUGAGCGCCCUGGCGGGGGCCGCCUUCGGGCCGGGCUCGGGGCCCGUGUGGCUGGACGAGGUGGGGUGCCGGGGUACCGAGGCGUCCCUGGGGGGCUGCCCCGCGGAGCCGUGGGGCCGCGGAGACUGCGGGCACAAGGAGGACGCCGGCGUGCGCUGCUCCGGCGACGGAGGGGCCUCGACCCUGCCCCCGGCAUCAGGCCGUCCUCCGGCCCCUCUACCUGCCGCUGAGGCUGGGACUCUGCCCAUGACCUUCUGCCUGGUCCUCGGCACCCUCCUGCUGGUCAUCUUACUGGUCCUGGGGACACAGUGGUUCCGGGGCAGGGGAGACUGCGGGGGUUCCGGAAUGUUGGGGGAUCUGCCCUCAGAAGGUGUUUACGAGGACAUUGGAGCUGUCCCCGUGGGGGAGAAGGACGCGGGGCCUGGAGUGUCCCAGGCCCUGGUGCUGGAGGAGCAGUACGACGACGUGGGGGAGCCCGAGGAUGGCCCCGAGGAGGGGGAUGCGGAGGAGGGGGCCCCCCUGAGCUCCACGGGUGUGCACCUCUGCGCCUUGGCGUCCCUGGCGCUUUUCCUGCUGUACUGCUGCUACGCCCAGGGCUCUGCUGCGGCCAGCCCCUACAUCUAA